GGGCCCCGACGGGACAUGGUGCUGACCGAACUGGCCGCGCGUCUUAACUGCGCGGAGUACAAGAACUGGGUGAAGGCGGGCCACUGCCUGCUGCUGCUGCGCGGCUGCCUACAGGGCUUCGUCGCCCGCGAGGUGCUUGCCUUCCACCGCGGCCUGCUCGCCGAAGCCCCCAGCCUGGGCCCUCGCGCCGCCUGCCGCAGCGGCUCUCGGUGUAGCCCGCGCGCCCGCCAGUUUCAGCCUCAGUGUCAGGUUUGCGCAGAGUGGAAACGGGAGAUUUUGAAACACCACACCAACAGGAAUGGAGACGUCCACUGGGGAAACUGCCGGCCGGGCCGCUGGCCCGUCGACGCCUGGGAGGUGGCCAAGGCUUUCAUGCCCCGAGGACUGGCAGACAAAACCGGCCCCGAGGAAUGUGAUGCCGUUGCUCUUUUAAGUCUCAUCAACUCCUGCGAUCACUUCACCGUUGAUCGAAAGAAAGUCACCGAGGUGAUUAAGUGUCGUAACGAAAUCAUGCAUUCUUCAGAGAUGAAAGUGUCUUCUCUUUGGCUUCGAGAUUUUCAGAUGAAGAUCCAAAAUUUCCUGAAUGAAUUCAAGAAUAUUCCAGAGAUUGUGGCAACAUACACCAGAAUAGAACAGAUCUUAAACCGAUUGCAAGUGGUAAAAGAAUUUCUGAGAAACAAUAAGGAUCUUAGAAGUGGUCUUAGAGGAGAUCUGCAGAAACUAGACAGCCUCCAUCUACAGCACCAAAAUCCAGAUUCCAAGGAACCUGGGGCCCAGACACCUGAAGGGAAGGCCUGAGGUGAUUUCCUGCAUGUGACGAUUGACAGAUUCAUCUGUAACUUCGUCUAUCGCUUUACCCCAAGAGUUCUCCACUUCUGACUUUGUCCUAUUUGUUUCCUCAACUGCAAAACCACCGUCCAGUCAUAUGCAGUGGUCCAUGGGAUCAGCCUCCCUCCCCCCACCUCUGCUCCUUUUCAAAGCCAGCAGCACUUAACGGGACCAGGUCACUUCUGGACCUUCAGGGACAGAAUUGCCACCUGCCGCAUUCCUUGGAGGAAGUGUUUCUACUCCAAGCCCAAAGGAAGCAUCGUUCGCUUGCUUGGCUGCCCAUCAAGGAUGUGCUCUGUAGACAAUGGGCAGAGGGUGGGGGUAUAUUUGGCAUAUUUUUACAUUAAAAUGCAUGUAUAU